AUGGAAGAGGUCGGCGACAAUGCGGGGACGCCUGGCAGCGGACUAACGGGCCCGGCACAACCUCCGCACGCCCCUCCAGCUGGAGAGGGCGCUGCGGGUGCCAACUCGGGCUCAGGCGGAGGCGCCGGUGAAGCGCGCGGCGAGCGCACGUCUUCUGGCGGCGUCAAUCAAGUUGAUGGCGACGUCGAGAUGUCCAGCGCUGACGGCAAGGACGAUCCCUCGCACAGCAAGGCGCCGUCGGGGGCGUCUGACAAUAACAGCGACGAACACAGUGGGCGCAUCCUGAAGACCGAGGGCGACACGAUGGAAGAGCGCCUGACAGCCAUGCAACGCAGCAUUCCUGGGCGCGUCCUGUCCGUGGUCGAGGCGCUCAACAUGCCUGCGGGUAGCGGCCUUCCGGCGCGACGCAAUCCUGCGCCACCAUCCAGUCCGGGCAUGACCGCAAGCUGGGAGGCACCGAGUGGGUAUGCACUGGAUGGCGCGUUUCGUUUUGUUGGGGUUCCUGCUCACAUGCGUCACCUCGAAGACGACCGCUACAUGCGUGACGGAUACGCUGGUCUCGAAGUGCUCACCACGAUGGAAUGCUUCUCAGCGACGGACCUGGCGGACCUGAAUGAGCUGGUGGGCGAGGCCAAGGACGUGAACGAGUUAUUUCUUCGACCUCGUACCGGGCCACCACCCAGUCCGACCGAGUUGGAGGCGCUACUCGACUCUGUCCAGAUGCGUCGUGAGCUGGCAUCAACCUUGUCGGUCUACGAUCCUCACGAUCUGGCACUGCGUGCAUUCAGUAUGACUACGUUCAUGCGCCGCUUGUUGAUCCGGUACCGGACCAUUCGCGGGGAGAUGCAGGCGACCGGGUCGUCCACGAUCGAGAAGCUGUUGACCGCCCAGAAGGAGAGCUCCCAGUUCGAGGCUCACGUCACGCGGCUGCAGGGACAAUGGAGAGCUGUCUGCAAUGACCUCAAAGAGACGAAAGAGGCAACAGCAGCACGGUACCGGGCGGACUUCAAGAAACUCAUGGCGGAACACGAGGUCGAGAAACAAGCGCUACGAGACCGAAUCGCUGCCUUGGAGUUCAAGCUCAAAACAUCCAGUACCUGGGUCGAGUCCCUCGAGUCUCAGGUCUUCGACGUCGACCGCAUGAUGAACUUCCUUAACAGGAACCAGACUAAGGUGACUGGCAACUGGAAGCGUCUGGAGGAGUUGUUCAAGCACCACCGAUCCGAUGACGCAUUCACCGAUCCCGGGCCGUUCGAGUUCCGACACGACGGCGACACCGACACGGAAGAGAAGGGCGACGACGGGUCUGAAUCGAGUGAGGGCGGCACAGGGUCGCGGGGCAAGCGCGUCACUAUCGUGCAUGUCACAGGCGAGGCUCCACCCGCCUGGGAUCCCAACGAGGAAGAUGCGCGCCCCAUGGAUCAAGAAUAUCCAGUCGAUGGAAACCUUGCAUGCGCUUCACUCGCCGGGCUUCCCGUUGUGUGGCGCAAGCUUCGGACGGAUCUUCAGCUGACCAUGUGGGCUGGAUUGACGUACUCGGAAGCCACGACUCUGUUGAACAGUGACGAAAUGGCCCAUCACUUGUUCCAUCCUUACGAUCUGUCCUGCAUGCUGGCUCAGGUAAUGUACUGGAACCAACUGGACAAGGCUUAUUGGACAACCUACGUGCCAGAACGAUACUUCCUCCGCGCGGAGAGCAUACUGGAUCGCUACGCACAGGAUGGCCUCGAACCGGAUCGGUGGCCCGACCAGAUGGACCCCACACAAGAUGACGGUGAGCUGCUCUUGGACGAGAACGAAGAGGACGUUGACAACGAGGAUCGUGAUGGUAACUGGGAACCCAGCGAGGAGGCUCAAGCCAAGAUCGACCGGAUGGAAGCUCGUGAGGCAGCAGCACAACAGGAUGACACGGAGGUACCGGACACCAACGCUGCACUGGAUCUCGUUUUGCCUUCGACUCGUCGUCCCAAGCGCAGGGCUAGUUCGGUGUCAUCUCAAUCGGAUUCAGCCACCACUGGAUCUGGCAAGAAACACAAGAAGUCUCGACCUGGUGAUGAGCGCAAGAAGUCUCCACUCGCUCGCAAGGAGAUGAAAGAUCUUACUCCUGAAGAGCUGACCGUGAUCGAGGAACCGGGUCGAGGCAUCACUUCGUGGCGCCAUAAGGGCAUCAUGACCACUUUUGCACCCAGUACGACUUACGCCGUCUACCAGUCCGCAGGUUUCCCUGACUACGCACCGAACCACAACGGCGGGACGGGGCCACUCAAGGAUCGCUUCAAUGUGGACGAGUACCGGGCGAUCAUGGAGACCCGACCGGGCGAGCGGAUGUACAAGCGUCGUGUCAUCAACCUCCUCUUCCACAAGCGUUACGCCUUGGGAGUGAAGGUCCACGUCGUGCUGACCAAGAUCGUGAAGUUCAUGAAGGACAACGCGCUGGUCAUCUGGUACGCGGGACACUGGGUGACGUAUCCGGAGGACUCGUCGUAUGGGAAAUACGCCGAGUUGAUCACCGAACUUCUGAAAGCAAGUUCGGUGAUCAACUCGGCGUAUUUCUGGGUGUAUCCUGCGAAGGUCUGUCCCUGGAUCCUGUUUGACAAGUCCGAGAAGAAACCGGAUGGGAAGCCGUACACGAUGGCCGAGCAGCUCGAAAUCCUGGAUCGCGAAGAACCGGCUCGCAUCCAGUGGACAGGGUGGACCCUCGAUAGGAUCAUCGCGGAUCGUCCGGCGCACAUCCGGAAAAUGCUGCUGUCUCCCGAUGAGCGUGCCAACAACUGGGUCUGCGCUGAUCACCGUAGCUAG